UCAAUUGCUGCCUGGCCCUGUGCACGUAGGAAGCAAGAGGGAGCUUUGAGUGUUCUCCUUCAUAGUGUUAAUACUAUCCAAAAAGAAAACCGACUGCGUUCGCGCUGCGCCAAGCAAAAAGUUGGACCAAAUCGUGUCGACAUGGGGAUCCGAAAAAAGACGAACAAGAACCCGCCGGUGAUGAGCCAUGAGUUUGUCAUCCAGAACCAUGCAGAUAUUGUUUCCUGUGUUGCUAUGGUGUUUCUGCUCGGGCUGAUGUUUGAGGUCACCUCAAAGUUUGCAGUGUUGUUCAUAACUGUCCAGUACAACGUCACCAUCUCCACAAACGAAGGCCCAGAGGAGACAGCCGUGAACCAUUUCCACCACGGUGUCAAAGACUUGGCGACUAUCUUCUUCUACAUGCUGGUAGCCAUUAUCAUGCACGCCAUUAUCCAGGAGUAUGUGCUGGAUAAAAUCAACAGGAAGAAGCACUUCUCCAAAACCAAGCACAGCAAGUUCAACGAGUCGGGCCAGCUCAGCGCCUUCUACCUAUUCUCCUUCGGCUGGGGCACAAGCAUCCUGCUCUCUGAAAAAUUCCUGUCCGAUCCAGUCACCCUGUGGGAAGGUUAUCCCCAUACACUGAUGCCAUUCCAGAUGAAAUUCUACUUCAUUUGUCAGCUGGGCUACUGGUUACAUGCUCUCCCAGAACUGUACUUCCAAAAGACAAAGAAAGAGGAUAUUCCACGGCAGCUUGUGUACAUCUUCCUGUACCUGGUCCACAUUGCAGGUGCCUACAUUCUGAAUCUGAACCGUCUGGCUCUGGUCCUGCUGGUGUUGCACUACUUUGUCGAGCUUCUCUUCCACGUUUCCCGCCUGGUCUAUUUCAGCAACGAGAACAGACAACUGGGUUUCACCAUAUGGGCCAUCUUGUUUGUCCUCGGACGGCUGCUCACCCUGUCCUUGUCUGUCCUCACCGUGGGCUUUGGCCUCGCCACAGCUGUGAAUCAAGGCUUUGAUUUGGCUGCAGGAAACUUUAAUGUUCUUUUUGUUAGGAUAACUGUCCUGGCCGCUAUCUGCCUCACUCAGGCCUUCAUGAUGUGGAAAUUUAUCAACUUUCAGCUGCGUCGGUGGAGAGAGCAUGCCCAUGCUCAGACCUUGAAAAAGAAACAAGUUCCCACCAAGAGCAAAUCAAAGAAAGAUAAAGCCAAUGGAGUAAAUGGAGUGAACUCCCACGGAGCUGAUUCACCAAGAGCAAGAAAAGAGAAGUCCUCAUAAAUACAUUCCCCUCAGCCCCUACCUAUCAGCCCCCUACUCUAAAGAACCAUCUUUCCCUGUGCCUCUGUGGCUGUAUCCGACCAACAGACCCUCCGGCUCCACGACCACAAUAUGCAUUUCCAGCUCCCACAGGACUGACCUCCCAGCUGGACUUCCAGGGCCAGAAUGCAUUUAAGCUUUCCUUGUCGCCAGUCGUCCAGCAUGCCUUGAUUUACGAAUCAUUGCUCUGCUGUGCCAUUUUGAAUGAAAAAGAAAACAAAUUCUGAAAUAAACUAUAUAAAAAAAGA